AUGGCUUUUAAAAAUGGCGAAAUGGCGAUCCAGGAGUUGGGCUCCAGCAAACACAAGAGCCGCGAUGCCGAAGAUAUGGCAAAACAAGGCAAGAAACAGCAAUUCCAGCGAAACUUUGGAUUCUUGUCCAUGUUAGGCUUUACGACAACUAUGAUGUGCACUUGGGAGGCUGUGCUGUUUGCUAACUUGACUGCUAUGAUUGAUGGUGGUCCAGUGUCGCUCGUCUAUGGAUUCUUGUUUUGCUGGUUUGGCGCUUUGGUAACUGCAGCGUCGCUAGCCGAGAUGGCCUCAAUGGCUCCUACUUCCUCCGGACAGUAUCAUUGGGUGGCAAUGUUAGCUCCAAAGGGUCAGGCAAAGUUUCUGAGCUGGGUGACGGGAUGGAUGGCCAUGAUCGGAUGGUGGGCUAACACUGCAGCUGGCGUCUAUUUUGCUGCAACAGUGACUCAAGGCCUCGUGGUCUUGAAUUACCCGAGUUAUGUUUCGGAGGGCUGGCAGGGAACCUUGAUGAUGUUUGCUGCGUUGGUUAUUUGCGUGGUCGUCAAUUCUAUCGGGGCAAAGCUCCUUCCUCAGGUUGAGGGCUUGAUUCUGAUCCUACAUAUCGCGGGAUUUUUUGCUGUCCUGAUCCCUCUCGUUUACCUUGCACCUCACAAAGAUGCCUCAUACGUUUUUGGUACCUUUGAAAACUCUUCAGGAUGGAGUAACGCAGGCCUCACCUGGCUGAUUGGUCUGAUGGGAACAAACCUCCCUUUCAUUGGUUAUGACGGCCCUUGCCAUAUGGCCGAGGAAGUCAUCAAUGCUUCUAUUAUCGUUCCCUGGUGCAUGAUUGGCACAAUUCUGUUGAACGGCACGCUUGGAUUUGCUAUUGUAAUCGCUUUCCUUUUCUGUAUCGGAAAUGUCGAUGACGCCCUGAAUAGCGCCACCGGCUACGAUUUCAUUGAAGUUUUCUACGCGGCCACCAAGUCUCACGCAGGGGCUUCCGUGAUGACCGCCAUUCCCACUGCAUUGGUCAUUUGCGCGUCGUUUGGAUUUCUGGCUUCUGCAUCGCGUCUCACCUGGGCCUUUGCCAGAGACAAGGGACUGCCAUUCUCGGAUUUCUUGGCUCACGUUAGCUCCCGGUCUGCCCUCCCUCUCCGCGCCGUUGGUCUCUGUGCACUCAUCACCGGUUUGAUCUGCAUCAUCAACGUUGGUUCAACCGCAGCAUUCAAUGCCAUCAUCUCGCUGACCACGGCGGGUUUGUUUGGUUCCUACGAAAUCGCCGUCGUCCUCAUGCUCAUAAAGAAGAUUAAGGGAGAAUCGGUUCCCUAUGGCCCCUGGACACUUGGAAAGUUCGGCAUUGUCAUCAACAUUGCCUCAAUUUCCUUCCUAACGAUUGCCAUCUUCUUCUCAUUCUUUCCUGCCUCGAUGCCUGUCACUCUGGAGAGCAUGAACUGGUCGAUUGUUGUUUUCACUGGCGAGUUUCUUAUCGGGCUGGUAUGGUAUUUGAUUCGCGGGAGGAAGGUCUAUAAUGGUCCGGUCAUUGAGUCUGGUGGAAAUAUUUGA